CUCUAGCUACCCCCUCCACCACCAAAUCAGGAGAUGUCGGAGAUGUAAGAAGGGGGGCGAGCGCACAGGAAGAUGAAGGGAGCCAGGCUGCCCGCUGCGGGACAGGCGUCUAGGUGAACAAGAAAAUGACCGAAGAAACACACCCGGACGAUGACAGCUAUAUUGUGCGUGUCAAGGCUGUGGUUAUGACCAGAGAUGACUCCAGCGGGGGAUGGUUCCCACAGGAAGGAGGCGGGAUCAGUCGCGUUGGGGUGUGUAAGGUCAUGCACCCUGAAGGCAAUGGACGAAGCGGCUUUCUCAUCCAUGGUGAACGACAGAAAGACAAACUGGUGGUAUUGGAAUGCUACGUCAGAAAGGACUUGGUCUAUACCAAAGCCAAUCCGACGUUUCAUCAUUGGAAGGUUGACAAUAGGAAGUUUGGUCUUACUUUCCAAAGCCCUGCGGAUGCACGAGCCUUUGACAGGGGCGUGAGAAAAGCCAUUGAAGACCUUAUAGAAGGCUCAACAACCUCAUCUUCCACCAUUCAUAACGAAGCUGAGCUCGGAGAUGAUGACGUUUUUACAACAGCUACAGACAGUUCUUCUAAUUCCUCUCAGAAGCGAGAGCAACAUACAAGGACAAUCUCCUCCCCGACAUCCUGUGAGCACCGGAGGAUUUAUACCCUUGACCCAUACCCCAUGGACCAUUACCACCCCGACCAGAGGCUGCCGAGGUCCUACCCACAGGUUACCUUCCCAGAGGAUGAUGAAGAAAUCGUAAGGAUCAAUCCUCGGGAGAAGAUCUGGAUGACGAGCGGCUAUGAGGAUUAUCGGCACGCGCCGCUGCGUGGAAAAUACCUGGAUACCACAGAGGACGCGGACUCCUAUGUGCGCUUUGCCAAGGGUGAGGCCACCAAGCAUGACUAUAAUUACCCCUAUGUGGACUCCUCAGACUUUGGCUUCGGCGAGGAUACUAAAGGCCGUGGUAGAAGCAGUGUGAUCAAGACGCAGCCAGCCAAGGGCAAGUCCCGACGGCGCAAGGAGGACGGCGAGCGCUCACGCUGUGUGUAUUGCAGGGACAUGUUCAACCAUGAGGAGAACCGCAGGGGCCACUGCCAGGAUGCUCCUGAUGCUGUGAGAACUUGUAUCCGCCGUGUGAGCUGUAUGUGGUGUGCAGACAGUAUGCUAUAUCACUGUAUGUCGGACCCCGAGGGAGACUACACGGACCCUUGCUCGUGCGACACUAGCGACGAGAAGUUUUGCCUCCGGUGGUUGGCACUUAUUGCCUUGUCUUUCUUGGCUCCCUGUAUGUGCUGUUACCUUCCCCUUCGAGCCUGUUAUCACUGUGGAGUGAUGUGCAGGUGCUGUGGCGGGAAGCACAAAGCCGCAGUGUGACUCGCGUUUCCCGCUUCCCCCUCUUCCAUCCACAGCCACUUGUCUCUUUGCAUACCCCCCCAUCUUUUCCCUGGCUCCCUUCCAACUCCAAAGGGCGAGGCCAAUGAGAAGGUCAGGCUCCCUGGUCCCCUGUGACAUCAUUCCAAACCUCGGGAAGCUGCGCCCCCUGCGUCAGCCACAUACCCAUAGGCUCGCAGUGUUUUGAGGAAAGGGGCCUUCUGCAUAGACUCGUCUAUGUUACCAGCCUGCGAUCAUACUGUCAUACCCACAUGUUGAUUUCCUGUGCCUCUUCCCCACCUCUUUCAGUUCUAAGGAAUCUUGAGUAGAAACUUUAAGAUUUGAAGGGGUUUAUAGUUGAUUUUCCCACGAGCACCUGAGACUUUUUCUCCGCGUUGGGCUUGCCUGUCGCUAACAAGCACGGGUUCAACGGACAUGUGACCGAAUGGUGAAACCCUUCAAAAGUAUUGUACCAUGCAAUGUGUUGUUACUCCAGGAAGUGAGCUGGGUAACGUGCUUGUAUCACAAAACCAAAUUCUCCCAUAUCGCCUACGGUUUCUGUCUUUAGCCCAUCAUCGUCUUCUGCCCCUCCCCCACCUGUUGGAUUCAUUCACUGAUGCAAAGCAGUUACCUUUAAAAUGACUUGAGAAUUGAGCCUUAACUUCAGAUUAACUUGUGAGAAUCAGGAAAAAUUCCUCAAAUUGCAUUACAUCUUCUUGGACCAGGGUUAGAAAGGGGAUUUUGGGUUUUUAUGAGCCUGCCCAGUUUACCCCAAAAAUAGGACUCUCUUAGAAUUGUGUUGCCACUUGUAAAAUCUUAGCAAUAUUACAAUAUAACACACCAAUGAAACAAAAUUUACUCAUUAUUUUGCAAACCAGAUAGGUUUAUUCAAAUGCAAAACAGUGUUCUGCAAACAGGUUCCAGUUGAGAAACACUAAACUUUACGGUGAAUAAAACUAGCCGUUCCCUGCCCCCUGCAAGUUAUUUUAUAUUUUUCAGGGGGAACUGUUUUGUUUUGUUUCUUGUUUUUGUUUUUGUCUUGUUUUGUUUUGGCUUGGUUUGGUUUUGGUUUUUCAAGACAGGGUUUCUCUAUUUAGCUUUUGGAGCCUGUUCUGGAACUCCCUCUGUAAACCAGGAUGGCCUCCAACUCACAGAGAUCUACCUGCCUCAGGCUCUGAGUGCUGGGAUCAAAGGUGUGUGCUACCACCACCCUCAGGGGUAGUUUUAAAUAACUAAAUUAGUGGUGGCUGACCCAUUUUGUUGUGGAUUUAUGUUUUUGUUUUAAUUUGGGUCUCAAUUAAUUUAUACUUAGGAAAAAACAAGGCCAUAUGUAAAAACCCUUCCAAUGCCUAAGUGUCUUUUCUCCUACAAUGCCACACCCACGCUUGCCACCUGAGGUGCACAGAUAAGGGUAGAUCACCAACUGAUUCUACCUGCCACUGAGCCACAUAAAAGGCUUCUAAUUUGCUAGAGGAGGAAAAAACUUUUUUUAAUAUAUUACAAGGAAUAGCCAAAUCUUGACGGGGGUGGGUGGGGGAGUAAAAGUGGUUACCUAUACCUAGACAAUCAGAACUUCUCGGGGACCAUAGGGGACAUGCUUGUUGCCAAUGACUGUUCUUCCCACCAAGAUCUUUCCGUGGUAAUUACCAGCGGAAGGCAGGGUCAGUCCCCUCUACUUCUUACCCCUCCCUUUAUUGCACACAGGACAUGAGUCUUCAAGGAAAAGGACUUUUUUUUUCCAGUGUAUCAGUCAUAAUGGGAAAAUGCAAGCCAUGCUGACCUUCAUGGCAACGUUUUCUUCUGCUUGCCUUGACAGCCUUUGUGUUUCUUUAGACGGAUCAUCAAUGUAGAUGAUCAGUGUGCUUCUGAGUUAGUUGGUAGAUGUUUUCCUUUGCUGGGAUGACUGGUUGGGAUAUUUAUUGUAGAAAAGGUGCAGAGAGCUACAGCGUUGUCUAUGGCGGGGUCUCCAUACCAUGAGAUCAUCUAGACUGCCUCUAGCCAGCCUCCAGUGCUGUGGAGAGACUGUCUGGCCCCAGCCUGAGGACCUUCCCUCGGGCCCUUUCUCCAAGUCACCUCUCUACAAAGCACAACACUAAUCUACAUUUCCUCAGACCUCAGUUCAAGUGCCCCUAUUUAUUUCAAUAAGAACACAUCCCAGUUGCUUCCUGUUGGUUGCCUUUCUCAUCUUUUAUUCUUCCUCUCCCCCUUGCUCCUUUCUACCCUUCUUAAGAGUUAUGCUAGUCAAUCUUACUCCGCGCAUCAUUUUUGGUUUGUGAAGGCAGCGGUUAAGGGCACAAAGACAGCCAUGGGGACAUUUAUGUAAAUACGUUUAAUUGCCACACUGCAGCUGAAUGGUGUGUAGUAUUUUCCCAGUCAGCUUUGCCAUACUGAUGUCAAUCAUUUGAGAGAAAUUAUUCAAAUUUUAUUUUUAUAUUCAUGAUAACAAAACUUAGCCAAAAGAGUUUCUGUUCAGAAGUUUCCCUGACUCCCCCCCCAAGCUAUUUGCUCACAUUAACAAAUUAAAGUGCCUGAAGCAUAAUUCAUUCACCUGUAUACUAAAACCCCUGUUGUAUUGAUUUUUUUAUAAUAAGCCUUUUUACCUCUGUAAAUAUAUACAUAUAUAUAUACAUAUAUAUAUAUAUAUAUACAAGUGUAUGAUGUACAUUUUAGUUCUUAACUUUUUUUAUGGUUUCUAAUAUGUAUGACCAAUGUAGCCAUUGCUUUAAAAUGUACCAUGUAAAUAUAAACACAUUCUAUCAGA